UUGGUUGUUGUGGUUGUUUUUCUAGCAACAGGCACAUAGGCUUGGCUUUCUGGUGCCUCAGUCAGAGUGCACUGUUGGUCUUAGAAUGUAUGUCAGUUCUCUCUCCAAUCAGGGACAAAUUUGCCUGUUGAUUUAGGCUGAUUCACCUGUUCUGUGUUGUAACUGAUUUGAGGGGCGGGGGCAACUUCUCGGCACUUUUUGGGCCAAAAUGCACAGGAACAUUCUUCUCAGGAAUGCGGUCUUGGCAAGGGAGCUUGCAAAUUCCUUACAGACUUCAGGAGAACAUAAUCACAGGCAGUGGGAGAGCGGGGAUACAUCUGCUGGCUGGAAAUUCUGGAAGCAAAUUCUCAUUCCAAACCAGGAAAGCCGGUUUUCUGACUACAGGAUGCGUGUACUCAGAAGCUCCAAGCGCAGGAAUCCGUGUGCUCAAGCCAAAGUUAAAGGUUGGCAGAGGCAGUUAUGGCCUGAGCAUGCCAGGAGGUGCCCUGUACCACCCUGCCACCCCAGGGCUGGGGACUUUGCCAGCAAGAAAGCCAUCACCAGGUGUGGCCUCUCCACCUUGGACCUCCAGAGCUGUGAACCCAAGUACAUUCAUUCCGGGGGGCCACAUGCAGAAGAGGGCCAUUGUCUUCUUCCCUCAAUGCUCAGCUCAGUGAGACCAUCUGCCGUCACCAUCCAUGAGCAAGCUGGCUCAGCUGACAGACCCCAUGUCCUGUGUAAACAGUGGCUUGGAGAACGCUCCGUGCAUUCCGGUCCGGUCCGGGCCCAGCCCCGACAGGGAGAAGGACAUUACUCACUUGAGCCCGCCCCGCCCUGUUUGCCCAUUUUCACCAGGGGGUUCGGGGGAGUGGGCGCGGAAGGCGGGAGAGCACAGGAGAGUGGAGCUGUUUGUUUUCCCCUUUGUGUUAACAAUACAACAUCUGUUCCCCAGCCUGGCAGCUGGAGCAAAGUGAAAUGA